AUGCCCGUCUCCCACAUUGGCCUCACGGUAUCGCAUCUUCCAACCUCAACAUCAUUCUUUCUCUCUGCGCUUCAACCACUGGGCUACCGCUAUAUCGGCCAGUUUGGCAACCAGAUUGGCCUCGGAAUUCAUGAUGCCGACUUCUAUCUCUGCCAAGAAACGCCUGGUGUAAGAGCCGGCGCUGCACACAUCGCAUUCACCGCAGCUAGCACGACCGCAGUCCGGAACUUCUAUACCGCUGCAUUGACUGCCGGCGGUCGUCCUAAUGGAUCACCGGGUUCUCGUUGCGCGGAAGACGGUCACUUCAAUGCCGCCGUACUAGACUUUGACGGAAACAGCAUCGAGGUCGUAUACCGGAAUGGACCAGACAUGAGGAACGACGGCACCAUCAUCGAACACAGCAGAGUCAUCACCUGGCAGAGGACAGUUUCGCAGAGCUUCCGGGAAAGCCCGAGUAUUUUCAGCGCUCACACAUGUGCUUCGAGAGCGGGCGCAACACCAGUCGCACCACCGGCCGAAGCAGCUAUUCCGAAGGCACCAACUAUAGCCAGAAGCGCCUCUGCACCCACUGUCGCUCCUGUUCCCGAAGCGACGACAAAAUCCGAUUCCGGUAGUGGGGCUGCCACGCACAUCCUCGGAACAUUACUUGGAGCUGCUGCAGGUGCAGCCGUCACAUAUGCAUUCAUGCGGAGCGAGAGAGAUAGUGCGAAGAAAGAGGCGGAUUUCAGCGCCUUCAUGGACGCCAAAAACGCGGUCAACACUGCGGCUGGCUUCUUCGCUCAGGCCCCAUCCCAACCCCCGACACCCCAGCAGGACCCACAACCCGCGCAACCACCUGUCGAGACCACCGCACCGCCAAUUCCUGCUCAGCCAGUAGUACACCGCAUUGAAGACGACGCGCGAUCUUCCUAUUCGCGCGCCUCCCAGAUUCCCAGGACUUCCGUGCCGCGACAGAUCGAGGCUGCGCCCGCUAGCUACUACUCACCGUCUCAGUUUGAAGCUCCUCGCACGCAGAUCGCGGAGCCUCUCGCGAUCGAAUAUGCCCCUGCAUACUCUGUUGCCCCGUCACGGGCUCCUUCAAGGCUCACGCCAGCUCACCGCUCCAAUACCAGCCCUGAGUUGUUGAUGAUCGAAAGGGCGAGAAGCACUGUCUCCACAGCGAAGCCGGAAAGUAUCGCAAUGACUGCAAAGCCGCCGCGACCAUCGUCCAAGCCUCAAAGUGUCGUCUCGAAAGCACAGAGUGUAGCACAUAGUGCAGCUCCUAGCUCUUUCAUCUCGUCGUUCGUGGCAGAUCGUGACGAUGAAAAGAGUAGCUCGGGUAGGUCUAAGGCCAGGUCGUCUCACUCUUCAUCCUCGAAGCAUACCUCACACAAGGAGCACAAAGAGCAUGGUAGUAGCAGUCGAAAAGAGCGUAGCUCAUCGCCUUCUCCACCAGCUCCUGCAUCCAAGGCUCCGUCUAAAGCCCCCACCAAGGUUGCAUCCAAGGCUGCUUCGAUCGUCAGCAGUAUCCUAGGCCGUGACAAGUCCAAGCACGAUGAUGACGACGACUUCAUCGACGACCUUGACAUCGAAGAGCUAAGCGAGGACGAUCUUGACACCGUCGUUCCCAGCGACAGUAUCUCCCAGAUUGGCGAUGCUCCACGACGCAGGCACCGUUCCCACCGCAGCCACAAGACUAAGAAGGACGACGACGCUGAGACUUCUGUGAGUCACCGCAGCAAGAAGCACAGUGAUGACAAAGAGUCGUCCGUUAGCCACCGCAGUAAGAAGCAAGAUGAUGACAACGAGUCGUCCAUCAGCAAAUCAUCACGCUCUCACCGCUCUCACCGUUCGCGGAAGACAUCUGCCGACUCCGCUGACGACGAGGACUCGUCACGCCCUCACCGUUCCUCUCGCUCUUCCAAGUCUAAGCCUUCUAUUACCUCUGAGCCCAGUGAGGUAUCAACUGUCCGACCCGUCAAGCCUUCCAAGACAUCAAGGAAGGAUAGCUUGACCCAAGGCCAGUACGAUAACCUUUUCGACGAAGUGCGAUAUGGAACUGGUGCUGUGCAUGCCUCCAGGCACCCUCCCACACCCAGUAUGGUUAGUGCGGCACGCAAGAAUCCCAGUCGCAGCAUGAUCAAACACACCACCGCAACCAAGAUGAGGAACUUUGAAGGCAGUCAGGUCGGGCGGGCAAGGGAUGAUAGCGAUUAG